AUGGUGCCUGCAGUCAAGGGGCUGCAGGCAGCUCCUCCUCCUCCACGUCGUUCGCUGCCAUGCUUGUGCAGUGCCCAGGGAGCCACUUUGAAGGUCCUGUGCGUGGACAUGGGUGACGCAUGGGGACUCACAGAUCCUCACCUCUCCUCCUUCCCCAUCCCCCAAGUGGUGCUCAUCGGAGACUCGGGCGUGGGCAAGAGCAACCUGCUAUCUCGCUUCACCCGCAAUGAGUUCAACCUGGAGAGCAAGAGCACCAUCGGCGUGGAGUUUGCCACCCGCAGCAUCCAGGUGGACGGCAAAACCAUCAAGGCACAGAUAUGGGACACAGCCGGCCAGGAGCGCUACCGCGCCAUCACCUCUGCGUACUACCGUGGUGCGGUGGGCGCCCUGCUGGUGUAUGACAUUGCCAAGCACCUGACCUAUGAGAACGUGGAGCGCUGGCUGAAGGAGCUGCGGGACCAUGCGGACAGCAACAUUGUCAUCAUGCUGGUGGGCAACAAGAGUGACCUGCGCCAUCUGCGGGCUGUGCCCACUGACGAGGCCCGCGCCUUCGCAGAAAAGAACAAUUUGUCCUUCAUUGAGACCUCAGCCUUGGAUUCAACCAAUGUAGAGGAAGCUUUCAAGAACAUCCUCACAGAGAUCUACCGCAUUGUGUCACAGAAGCAGAUUGCAGACCGUGCAGCCCACGAUGAGUCCCCUGGCAAUAAUGUGGUGGACAUCAGCGUGCCGCCCACCACCGAUGGACAGAAGCCCAGCAAGCUGCAGUGCUGCCAGAACCUGUGACCACCCCGCGCCUCCAUCCCAGCGUGCGUGCACGUCCUUGUCCUCAGCCUACCCUCACCAGUGUCCUCCUAGCCCCUCCCCUUGGUCCCUGUGUGACUGGCUUGCUCCCAGUGAGCUCCGCAUGGCCGGUCCAGGCCCAGGAAGAUCAGGAGUCUAGGGGCACCUGCCGUCCUGCCUGAGGAAAGCUAGAAGCCCUCGCUUGCUGCACCUGCUCUCGUUGGGUCUCUGAGGGCAUUGUGGUAGGGUAGGGAGGGUGGCAGGAUGGACCGGGCCGGCCAGAGGCAAGGAGGAUGGGCAGACGGAGCCGGCUUCUCCUGUUUUCCACUGCAGACUCUGGAGAGCAAUCCCCCCCUCCCUUCCUGGCCAGUUGGCCACGCCGGCCCCUCAUCCCAACCCAGAACCCCGCUCCGGGGUGAAGCCCACAGAGCCAGGCAGCAGGGGCCAUGGCAGGCAGGCGGACACACUCUUGGCUCUGGGCAUCCCGCCUGCUCCUCCACGCACAGCCAGCACCGCACAGGCCUUCCACCUCUCCCGUGCGUGUGCCGCUCCAGCUGCCGCCUGUGAUUGAUGCUGGGAGAAGAACCCUCUCCCCGUCUCGCCCUGUUUUGCACGCAGCGCGCUCUCUCCCCCUCCUUGUCCCCCUCCUCUGUCUUGUCUCCCUGUCUGGUCCGGAUCCUGUUUGCAAGUGAAGCAGUAUCUCUGUGUUUUGUAUAUACAACUGCUCUUGUAGCCUUUGGUUUUUGUUAUUGUAGAGAAACACAGAUUCUUUAUACACUUUGUAAGAUUUACGCCAAACCCUAGCUCUCGAUCUCUUAUUCUCCCUGUGGCCCCUGCACUUUGCCCCAUGCCUUCUCUCACACCCGUUACUAAAAUGUAUAAUCCGA